AUUAUUUUUAAUAUAAUAUUAUUUUCCCUAUAAAAUUAAGCAAAUACCAAAGCAGUUUCAACCUAUUUUUUCAGUUUUGAAACAAUAUUAUCAUCACUAAAAGUAGUGGCUGCAGGCAUUACCAAAUAUGGAGUUCGCUCGUUUUCCCAACCGUCCUCCCUUCGAUCCUUAGUAGCUCUCAGUUUUUAUUUUCUUUUAAACAAUUGUGUUAUAUUCAAAUGUUUUCAUUGCAUUUUCUAGUGUAAUCAUAAUUAUUUCUUCUUUAUAAUUAAACAUGUCGUUUAGGGUGGUGCGCAGUUCUAAAUUCCGCCACGUUUACGGGCAGGCCCUUAAACGUGAGCAAUGUUAUGACAAUAUAAGAGUGUCAAAGAGUUCUUGGGACUCUACGUUCUGUGCGGUGAAUCCUAAGUUUCUGGCUAUAAUCGUCGAGUCCGCCGGCGGAGGCGCCUUCAUAGUACUGCCACACAAUAAGGUUGGCCGCAUACCGGCGGACCAUCCUCUAGUGGGAGGUCACAAGGGCCCCGUUCUUGACAUCGCGUGGUGCCCUCACAACGACAAUGUCAUCGCCAGUGGCUCUGAGGACUGUGUCGUCAAGGUGUGGCAGAUCCCGGACGGCGGGCUGUCGCGCACGCUGACGGAGCCGGUGGUGGACCUGGUGUUCCACCAGCGCCGCGUGGGGCUGGUGCUGUGGCACCCCACCGCGCAGAACGUGCUGCUCACCGCGGGCUCCGAUAACCAGAUAGCGAUAUGGAACGUGGGCACUGGCGAGGUGCUGCUGACGCUGGACUGCCACCCCGACCUCAUCUACUCGGCCUGCUGGAACUGGACCGGCUCCAAGCUGCUCACCACCUGCCGCGACAAGAAGAUCAGGAUCAUCGACCCCCGUAAAGGCGAGGUGGAGUCCGAGGCGAUAGCUCACGAGGGCAGCAAAGCGUCGCGCGCUAUCUUCUUGAAGCAUGGACUUGUAUUUACCACUGGCUUCAGCCGCAUGUCGGAGCGGCAGUACAGCCUGCGCACGCCGGACGCGCUGGCCGAGCCCAUCGUCACGGUGGAGAUCGACACCAGCAACGGCGUCAUGUUCCCGCUCUACGACCCCGACACCAACCUCAUCUACCUCUGCGGCAAGGGGGACUCCGUCAUCAGAUACUUUGAGGUGACACCAGAGCCUCCAUUCGUCCACUACAUCAACACCUUCCAGACACCAGACCCACAAAGAGGUAUCGGUAUGAUGCCGAAGCGAGGUUGCGACGUGGCAACCUGCGAGAUCGCCAAGUUCUACAGGCUGAAUAACUCUGGACUCUGUCAGGUGGUAUCGAUGACGGUCCCGCGCAAGUCGGAGCUGUUCCAGGAGGACCUGUACCCGGACACGCUGAGCGACGAGGCCUCGCUCACCGCCGACGAGUGGCUCGCCGGGGAGGACGCCGAGCCAUGCACCAUGUCGCUCAAGGAGCGCGCGCUGGUUGUGCAGGGCGGCUACGUGGCGGGGCGCGCGCAGACGCUGACGCUCAGCAAGGCGGGCAAGGCCAACGCGCUGGCCGGCGCCAAGCGCGACAAGGACCGCUCCGCCUCGCCCGCCGCGCCCGCGCCCGCCUCCCGCCGCGACGACGACCACGCGUCCACGCCGGCCUCCGCGACCCCCCCGCCCAGCAUCAACGCGCUCGUGGAAAAACAACUGUCAGACUUAGUGGACGAAAUCCGCAAGUUGAAAUCAGUGAUCGUGAAGCAAGAGAACCGCAUCCGCGCGCUGGAGGCGGCGGUGAAGGCGCCGGCGUCCCCGCAGCCGCAGCCCUCGCCGCAGCCCGCCGCCAGCCCGCAGCCCAACCACGACGACGACGCCAUGGCGCCCGACGAGGUCUGACCAGGUACACGCGGACCCCCGGACCUUUAAUCUAUAGCUUUGGAUUUCAUAGGUCACAAUAAUAUCAUAUGUGGGAUGUUAAGAUGGUUAGUCCUUGUGAAGCGAGAUUUUCGUCUUUAUGGACUUGUGUGAAUUUAGUCCUUUUGGACAUGAGUGGCAAUGGUCUUUUAAAUUUCCUCACAAUACGUCGCUUUUGAAAUGGCCAUGUCAUUGUUCCGUAUAAUGUUUUAAAGGAGGAUUAAUUCAGAAUUAGGAAACAACAAAACACUCGUUUUAAGCUCGCUACAACUGGCAAAUUAAUCAUCUUCACAUGGAGAGUAAACUAACACAUCGACAUCAUAUGCUUAUUAUUUAAAUCUAUAAUUUAAAGGUACAGAUUAAAAACCACAUUUUACGCGUCGAUAUGUUUCGUUACUGUUCCAUAGAUUAUGUUAACUGACAGUUGGGAUAUAUCGAUGAUUUUAAUAAUGAAAUAUCAUUACAUUAAUAAAGACAGUCAUUACUCUGUAUCGAAGGGAAAAGACCAGUAAUAUUGUCGAAAUGUCUCGAUGUUUCAUUGUUUCUGUAAUUUCGGGAUACACUGGCGUGCAGAUUUAAUGUGACACGAUUUUUAAAUAAUGAACGAGUAAAUUUGUAAACUGUUUUGUAAAAAGCGAAAGAAUUGAUCAAAUAUUGAUGAAAUCUCUAAAAUUGUUAACACAAAUAUUUUUAAUGAAAAGCAUAUAUUUGAACCUAUGUGUGCAAUACAUCUGUCCGCCAGUGUACCCUAAUUAUUUAUUUAUAUAAAUAAUUUUGUAAAUAUUAAGUAUAAUGAAGUGAUAAAUACGCGAAAUAAAAUUAUGUGCCUUAAUUCAUUUAAUUAUAUAAUUUACAGUCACAAGUCAUUUGUAUAAUGUUGCUAUAAAUUGGUGGGACAGUGUACAUUUUACGUGCAUCGACAAUAAGCGCGGUUUAAAUAUAGCCUUUAGGUCUACAGCCCCUAGGUUUAUAAUCUAUUGACUUGUUAGAAGCGUUUGGAACUAUUAAGAAGAAUUGUUUGGAUGGUUCAACUUGGGUGCAAAAAUACGUUUUGGAAUUAAUUUAUAUUCCAUUUUUUUAUGAAGAACAGAUUUAGACUGCUUACACAGUACUAAUGGAAGUGCUAUCAAUUGAAAAAGGAUAAUAUAUGACGAUUCAAACUUUAUAAAUAUAAUAAUGGUAGUUUUGUUCGCAACUCGCAACCUCGUGGAUACCGAUUAUAGCUUCAAAAUGUAAAAUUGGUCCAGCCGUUUAAGAGUAAAGAUGUUACAAACAAACAUACAAACUUGUGAUGACCAUUUAGCUUAGUAUCCAUUCUCCGAGGUUCUAUAGUCUCCAAACGCUUCGCACUUUCUCAAGGGCUAAGCUCUUAUAGACACUACGGUAUAUUAUCAUAGCUAAACAAAUGUCGGUAUUACCGUAUUAUUUUCAGAAUAGUUAACUUCAAGAUACAUUACACAAGAAUAUUAGAGAUAUUCCCAAAAAGCGAUAAUUCUGCAAAAGAUUUUGUUAAGUGCCAAAUCUUUAUCGAUUUUUUUUCUGAAUGAUCUCCAGCAGAUCAGUAUUCAAUUUCAAUAAAAUCUUUGCUACAUAGUUUCUAGCUAUUCUGAAAGUAAUGAGAUUAUUACGAAACUAAAUAUAUAUAAAUGUUAUUUCACAAUAAUGUAGUAGGAACAAAUCAAUUAUAGGUUACGUAGGCACACAUAACUGUUGCUCUUAGUUUUAAGCUAAUAUUAUUUUUAUCUAUUAUACGAAUAUGUUGUCAAUUAAAAAUAUUGUAAACCAUUUUCUAACCACAUUAAAGGUAUAUACUUCAGUUAAGGUCGCUUUUUCAACGCUUCUGACGGUAUGGUGGUCCUUUGAUCCUACACAAGGACCAGUUAUAAAUUAUUGUAAUAAUUUAUUAAAAAAAAGCAUACCUACCGAAUGGGACCUCCACUUUUUUCGAAGUCGGUGUAUGACGUCAAAUUGACACAUAUUCGUGAAAUACAAGUAUUAACCUUAGUUCACACAAGUUUCUCAUGACUCACUUGAAGUAUAGUACUAUGUUAUUACGUUACGACAUUUGAACCUGUGUGGAUAAGCUUUACAUUUUAAAUAAGACGGAUGGAUUUUAUUUCGAAUAACUACAUUUAUGAAGAACGUAUUAGUACCAUUUAACGUAAACGACCACUUAUCUGGUGACUGUAAAUUUUCACCAAUGUUUGGUCUUACAAAUUGACUUUUUUUCCAGUGGUCUUCGCCCAAGUUAACUAUUAAGGUAGCCAGUAAGACCACUUGUGUAUUUCUUAUUCGACAAUUUUAUAUUUUGACCACUGGGCAUCGUUGAGCAUUAAGAUAUAUCUACUAAUACUGGUGCCAAAAGGAAUGCAAUCAGUUCACCUGUCUCAUUUAAAAUAGUUUAUUAAUCUAAGCUUGAAAGUCCAGUAACUUGGUGCUUUUGUAUAUCAUUUUUAUGUAUUAACAGUAAGGCGCAACGCUUCUAAACAAAUUGCUGGCUCAAUGCAUUAUUAAUAAUUAUUUUCUACUAUUAUUCUAUUUAGAAAUAAGUUUGAUGUUUUAUUAUACGAUUGUAAGAUUUUUUUCGUAAUUUAGCGCCGAAAUCUGACGUCAAAUACAAUUUUAACAAAAGCGCGUCAAACGCUUUAACAGAAUAGUCUUAGAGGAAUUGUCAAUACAUGCGAUUUACAAUUAACACAAUAUUAAGUAUUAAUUUCAUAUUAUUGGAUACAUUCUAUGGUCCUUGGCAGCUAGUCAUGUCACUUAUGAAAUUUGACAUUUGACAGUAAGUCGCGCUGUCGCCCUGACAGUUAGUAUUAUAGUUUAAAUUUUAAAUAGUAUUAUUACGACAAUUUAUUAAUUUUUUUUUUUUCGUAUAUUUAUGAUGGCGUAAACUUAGAUGUUCGUAUUAGUAUCAUGACAAAGCAAUGUAUGAAUUUGUAUGAAAAUGCUUGAUUUUAGGUACCUUUAUGAAUACUUGUGUAAAUUAUUUGGGGGCCAUUUGUAACAAACUUUCAUGAUGUCUUGAAUCCUGUGACUCAUGAAAGGUGAUCAACAUUUAAGGCCGGCUAAUGGUCCUUUCACCCUAUAAUUUUUAAAGUUCUCCAAUUUGUACUUGAUGGUUUUGUAUUUUCUUUUUCAUUUUAGAGUUUUCUUAGCAUUUUUAACCAUUUGUGAAUACGCGCUAUUUUAAUGUACUUAUUUGUAAAUUUUAUAAUCGACGGUAAAGCGCGCGACUGUUCAACGAAUGUGCUUUACUUAGGUGUUGCCAACAUUGUCAUGUUAAUGCUACCCUAAGAAAAAAAGUUGACACAGAGGUUACAAAUGGAACAUUCUAGCCUCAGAGUAGUAUUGUACAUUAGUUGGCAGUUGCCCUCUACGUUAGGAUUUCGACUGUUAAUAUUUUGACGUUAAAUAAUUUGUAAUUGUGUUUUUUUUUCUUUUACCACCGCUUGAGACGCUUCCCUAAUUAAUAAUGUAUUUCAUGUGUAAUGUGAAUUUCGACUCGUUCGUUUAAAAAUAGGGCAAAAUUAGCAAAUUCUAAAAAUAAAACUAAAAUGGCGGAUAUUUAACUUCUAGAUCUUAACUAAUUAAUACAAACAUAGAUCUCUUGAACUGUCUUUGAACAAGCGAGUUUGAAAUACAAUGGCAAUAUUCACGUUUAUGUAAAUAUUAUCUACUCCUUUUUUGAUUAGAAAAUGUGACAAUUGAAAACUGAAAAUAGUAAAAUAUUAGACGCACAAUUUUGUCUAGAACUUUGUAUCUUAGAGUGUAUAAAUACUGGACUGUCUUACUGCUAUGAUCAAGGACGACGCACAGCGAAACAUCCCUUAGGUGUCAUGUUUUCGAGCGUCACUUAGCUAGGUGUCCUUCUUGAAUAAAGCUGUUAUAUUGUUAUGAAAGUACGUAACUAUGGCAACCGUGUGAAGACGUCCGAUAAUGUGGUGCUAACUUAGAGAGAUAUGUAUUAUAUAUUUACUGUUUGAGAACUGAAGCUUUGUAGUAUUAUAAAUGUUAAAUAAUAUGGUUGGAUAUGGUAAGGUCGCAUGUUGAAUGUGUGGAUCGAAAUUCAUUGCUGAUUUUCUACUAAAAUCUUUAAGUCAAAUCAAAUUUUAUGAGUCUACACAGAACACUUCUUAAAAUUUGCGUUUCCUGGUCAUAUCUAACUGAAAAGUAUAAGAGAUCCAUUAAGUAAAUGUUAGCUUUUUGAAAAUAUUUUACAAACAACUUGUAUUUUACAUAGUACUGAAACUUAUCUCUGUAUAGAGGUGGCGCUAGUGGCACUGUCAGUUUGACAUAAGCAAGAUUUGCCGUUCAAAUUAUAACCAACAGUGCUUAAAAAUAAAUUUACUAUUUCUAGAAAUUCUUAAUAGAUUUUCAAAUUGUUACUGUUAUUGCAACUUGUUACGCAAGCUCAAUUUAAAUAAAGCCUAAUCCAUUUUUAUACAAUCUAAGAUUUUAUAAUAAUGCCUUAUAACGGUGCUAUACGUUCAGUGCCAAACGCUAAGCUAUAAAUGUGCGACGUUUCAUAAAUUGACAAUAUUAUAUUAAAUAGGUGAUAAGUGCCUUGUUGUGUUUUGAUAGGUAAUACUCAGAUCAUUAAUGUUGCUACGAAAGUUGAACAGAAAUAUAUAUUUAUUUUACUAUUUUCA